AUGGAGAAUCUUAGUAGCAGCAACUCCGAGCAUACCCAGGGAACUAAUGGCUCUGCCGGGACUCACCAAACCCACAGCCCUGAGCCAAUCGAGCCUGUCACUGACACGGAAUUUCCCCUAGUGGCUCGUCUCACCCAAGGCCUAGAGCUAUGCGAUUGGGAAAAGUUGCAAGACAAGUACUCCGAUGCUAUGGACGAGCAUACUCGUGUGGAAGAGGAUCUACGUUCUCAAACUGCAAAGCUAUUGGAGGCUUUCACGGCUUGGUCACAAAUAACUGUCUUGCAAGAUGAGAAUAGGGCGCUGAAACGCUUCAAGACACAGAUGCAGCAUGUGCAGAAUUCGGAAAUGAGUGUGGAGAGCAAGAAGAAGCAUUACGAGGACGUUGUGAAGGCAUUUCAGAACGCCCUUGCCUUGCUCAACGCGCAAAUGAAAGCUUGA